GUCUGCGGGCGAAUUUCGUCACCGAUAUCUCAACCUAAAAAAGUUUGUCGGGGAGGGGGAAAAGUAGCACAUUACCAAUCGGCAAGAAGUAGCAUAAGGAGUUACAAACCCAGAGAUACGGGCAACGGGGUGAUAGAGUCUGCACCCGGAUAACCAGCAAGGACUCUCUCUCUCUCUGUCUGUAUCUGUCUCUCUAUACGAGCUGGCAUCAAGAGACACCGACAGUUACGUUGCAAUAAGCAGCCUGAUUUGCUUCAGUCAUUCGCUUCUUGACCCUUCUCCGUUCUACCAAGAUAAGGGGAGCCUGUCGAAAUCGACACAGCGACAACAACGCCGACACAAGCUGUGCUGGAAGGAGCAGCGGGCAUCAUCAGCAUGGCUUGCUUGAGGCCGGAGCGCGGUCUCAUCCUCCAGGUACUCGCCUCCCUCGCCUUUGCCAGCGUGCGGGCGAGGAGCGAGAGCGGGGCGGACCAGCAGUUGCGCCCGUCUCGACCCACUCACAUCUCGGCGCUCGGCCGCGCCGCUCAGGAUAUGGUGGCAGUGCACAUGUUGAAGCUGUACGACAAGUACAACCGCGAGGGGAACCGGCCGAGGGACGGGAACACUGUCCGCAGCUUCAAGGCGACAGAGGAGACCAUUGAUCAUCAAAUUCUCUACCAGUUCAAUCUAUCCUCUAUCCAAGAUUCCGAGCUGAUUUUGGCGGCGACUUUUCACUUCUUCACGCAGAAACGUUGGAGAAACAGGCCGGUGGUGUGCAAACGCUCUAAGGACUCCCCGUGUCCCUUGCUCCAGCCUCACAAGGCGCAGCCGGUCCAACUGACCUUCAGAAGACGCUCCCCCGGCUCAGCUUCCGGGAAGUUAUUGGGAAGCCUGAGCGUGACUCCCCAUCGCCGGGGCACCUGGUGCCUGAACGACAUCACCCACAUUGUAAAGGACGCUAGGCGAGCAGAUGGAUUAAUGGUCACCGCUCAAGUGGAUUCUGGAGACAAGCCCCCCAGUCCAACACCAUCAAGCAACUUGCCUUACAUCUUGGUUUAUGCUAACGAUUUGGCCAUUUCCGAGCCCAACAGCGUCGGGCUCACGUUGCAACGCUACGGACCAUUUCCUCCCAGCGAGGAAGAGCCCACGCAGUCUCCCAACGCCUCCAGGGACUCUCGAGUCAGAAGAGAAACCUACUUCUCUUCCCCUUCCCUGGAGAACAACGAGCUGCCGGAGGUGGAGUACGACCACUACAACAAACACGACCUCUGGGGCAACACCUACCGCCCCCUCAAACCCAAGGUGCCCCGAAAGGAGAGGCGGAGGAAGGACCCCGGCCAUGGCGACCAACUGGUCAGGUCCCAGGUGCUGAGCUUCGACGAGAAAACCAUGCGCAAGGCGAGGAGACGGCAGUGGAACGAACCCAGGACUUGUUCUCGGAGGUACCUGAAAGUGGAUUUCGCCGACAUUGGUUGGAGCGAAUGGAUUAUAUCCCCCAAGUCCUUCGACGCCUUUUAUUGCGCUGGGGCUUGUGUAUUCCCAAUGCCCAAGGUGGUUCGACCCUCCAAUCAUGCAACAAUCCAGAGCAUUGUCAAGGCUGUUGGGAUUAUCCCUGGAAUUCCGGAGCCCUGCUGUGUACCCGACAAAAUGAAUGCUUUGAGUGUGCUCUUCUUUGACGAAAACAAAAACGUGGUGUUGAAGGUGUAUCCAAACAUGUCAGUGGAAACCUGCGCUUGCAGAUAGAAACACAAAGAUAUUAAAAGGAACUGCUAAAUACAGCAAGCUGUAUUGCUGUGUAAUAAGUAAAAGCUGCAUUGUGUCUCUUUCAAACCAAGAACUUGAUACCAGUUCUGUCCCCUUUCCGCCUGCAGACAUCAACAUGCUCAUUUCUGGCGUUGAGUAGCGAAGUGUAUUUGGGGUUAACACCAGAUGUCAAUAUGUAGAGAACACAGAAAACCCAAGCAUUCUGUUACAGCAUGUAAAUGCAUCCAUCAUCAGAUAAAACAAUGUUUGCUCUUCCACAAUAUUCCCUAAAUCUGAAGGUUACAGGACAGAUUGUGGUACCUAGCUCUCUUGUGCUCUUAUAUGUAAAUUAAUAAUAAUAUCAGCAAUGGCAGUCUAUUUAAGUGUAGAUUAUACUAUAUUCCUGAUCUUGGUGUAUUGUGUGUGUGCGUUCAAAUCUUUAUUCGUCAUUUCACUUAUUUAAUAUUUGUAUUCCUGGUAGCAAAGGAGUUUGUGCUUUUUUUUUAAAAAGAGCAAAAGCAGUUAAAUAAUUGUAGGGCAGCUGCCAGAAGCACAGUGCUUUCACAUCUUAAACCCCCGCAAACUAAAACAAUGACGGAGAAGGGAAAAACUUUUGAUUUUAUGAUAAAUCAAAAGUAAGUUGCGAUUUGCUGCCAACUUUUUGUAAAUUGUAAAGAGAACAUUAAUGGCAAAAUAGAUCAAUUUAACUUAACAUAUAUCUGAUAUAUUACAGGCAAUGUAAAAUUUACUAAGCCCGGAAGUAUGUUACUAAUUUUAAUAUCCUCAAAGUUACAACUAAUGAAACAAUUGAAGGACAAUGCUGAAGAAUUAUUUAGACAAUCUUCUAUGAAGGUAUUCAAGUUUAUGCAUUUUGUCUGGAUAUGUUCACAUUCUAACUUCAAUGUCAUGUAAAAAACACAAAUGCUUCCGACCCGAAUGUGAUAUUCAAAGGUAAAAUAUUCACAAAUGUGUUUUUGGUAAUGCAUCUGUUUCUAAAAGUACCCAGUGCCCAGAGCUUGCAUUUCAUAAUCUACAGUGUAUGUUCAAAGUACUUGAGAAAUUAAAAGUGGUAUUGAUAUGAAA